AUGUCCUACAAGAGGUCACGCGCAACUUUCGAGGCCGAUCUUACUGCUCAACAAUCACCCUACGUUUUCUUCGGCACACCUCUUCCGCCCCGCGACCCCGAAGUUCGCGACGAUGGCUCAUACGUACCGAUAUGGAAGCAGGAGGUGAGGGAUGAGAGAGGGAGGAAACGACUACACGGCGCAUUCACAGGAGGCUUCAGUGCAGGCUACUUCAACACCGUCGGCUCCAAAGAAGGAUGGACACCCUCGAGAUUUGUCUCGUCACGCACGAACCGUCACAAAGAUGCCGCGAAACCAGCCCAGCAACGGCCGGAGGACUUCAUGGAUGAGGAGGAUCUUGCCGACGCCGAAGAAUCCAAGAAAAUCCAGACGAAUGCCGCCUUCGCCGGGCUAGGCUCGACCGCGAACGAUGCCACACGAGCGAGCGGCCUUAUGGGCCUCUUUCGCACCCAGGGCGAAACUAUGGGUGUGAAACUACUCAAGAAGAUGGGCUGGAGGGAAGGGCAAGGCAUUGGCCCCAAGGUGCGAAGGAAAGCGCGACUUGAGCUACAGAACGAUGCGACUGCCCAAGGGGAAACUUUUCUUUUUGCGCCGGAAAACGUACCCAUGAUUGCGUUUGUCAAGAAGACGGAUAAGAAGGGGCUGGGAUACGCGGGAGAGAGCAGACUGACGCCGAUCGGCCUGUCGGGGUCAAAGAAAAGCAGUCACGGUGACACGGACGAUGAAGACGAAGACGACUAUGGCACAUUAGGACGACCGAAACUCACAAUAGGCGGGGCCCGGAAAAAGGAAACCAGCAAGGUUCGAGGAGGUAUAGGGAUAGGUAUCCUGAACGAUACCGGUUCAGACGACGAAGAUCCAUACGAAGUCGGCCCCAAAAUAUCCUACAACAGAGUAAUAGGCGGAGACAAGAAGAAAAAGAAGGCCACGAUAGCGGCGAAUCCGACGUUACAAGCAAAACCAAAGUUCAUCACCAAGAAAGCAGCAUCAUCGAUAUUAGGUAAAGUAGGCUUAGGAGUCCGCAAGUGCCACGACGGGCGCCUGCCCCUAGACGGCUUCGUCUUCGGCAAGGAAGCCGACGCCCUCACAACCGAAAUCAACUGCGAAGGAAAAUACCCACCUCCCCAGAUCCCUCCAGGGUGGGUAUCAUCCAAGACGCCCAGAACGGAACCCGGCGGCGGGUCUCCAGGAAAUGCAAACUACCUCUCAACGGCCGACGUAGCCAAAGCCUCAACCCUCGACCCUAAAGCCCGCGCUGCCCUCCUCGGCGAGAAACAGCUCCCCGGAAAAUCCGUCUUUGACUUCAUCUCCCCCGCCUCUCGCGACCGUAUCGUCACCGUUACAGGCCGCGCCGACCUACCCCAAGCUCUGGGCGAAGUUCCCGCCGCCUACGCCCGCAGCGAAGCUGAAAAGCAGCAAGAACUGCUCGACCGCAUCCCUAAACUCGACAAGGAAACUGCCAUAGCCGCCAUUUCGCGCGGCGUAGGCGGUGGUGCGCCCUACUCUGAAGACGAAGAGAAACGCGCUCGGUACAGAGGUUACCUGGAGUUCCAAGCGGGCUUUCGACCGCAGUUACCGUCGAAACCGAAGAAGUUGACGGACGAGGAGUGGCUAAGGGAGUUUCACGAGUUCUUCAAUUGUGCAAGGAUCUUUAAGCCUAUGACUGGGUUUAUGGCUAGUCGGUUUACCACAAGUUCGUCAACCAAAGCUGCUACGUUAAAUACUGGGGAAGCUAAGGACCUGAUGAGCAAGCCGCCGCCAAAACCGGAAGACCCAGCUGAAGAGGCAGCAAGGCUGGGUAUGUUUGGCACCAUGACCAGGUCUACGACGGACUUUUAUCCUACGAGGCUGUUGUGUAAGCGCUUUGGAGUCAAGCCGCCGGCACAUGUCUUGCCUGAUAAUUACGAUGCGACUACUAGUAGUGAGAAGAAGAAAGAUGAUGUGUGGUCACAAUUUCAGUCGUAUGGGUAUCAAGGCGGUGGUGGACCUGGUUCUAUGGAGAGGGAGUUGUUGGGUUUGGAAUUUGGGAGCACUGGUGGCGGUGGAGGAGGAGGAGGAGGAGGAGCAGAAGGAGGGAGUACAGCCAUGGCUGAUCUUGAAAGAGGAGGACAAACAGAGAAACCUGCGGCUGCGCCUGUUCUUGAUACGUCGAGGAAUGAGGCGUUGGAAGGGAAGAGGCCGGGUGAUGAAGUUUUCAAGGCCAUUUUUGGGGAUAGUGAUGAUGAGUAA